GAGGAUCUUCGUGUAGAUGGUCGUGGUUGUGAAGACUACAGAUGUGCAGAAGUAGAAACAGAUGUUGUAUCAAACACAAGUGGAUCUGCAAGAGUAAAGCUGGGAAACACCGAUAUCUUGGUAGGAGUAAAAGCUGAAAUGGGGACACCAAAGAUAGAGAAACCAGAUGAAGGCUACCUGGAAUUCUGUGUUGACUGUUCUGCAAAUGCUACUCCUGAAUUUGAAGGCCGGGGAGGAGAAGAACUUGGCACAGAGAUAGCAAGUACAUUCUACACAGUUUUUAGCAGCGGGAACAGUGUAGACUUGAAAUCACUUUGUAUUAAUCCCAGAGAGCACUGCUGGGUUCUCUACGUUGAUGUGUUG